AUGACCCAAGAAUACAAAUUGAAAGGUGUAAGCUCCUUCGGGGAACUGAAAAACACCGACAAAAUCGAAGCUGAGGUGGAAGGUGUCCCCGAUGGAAAAGUGCUGCUUGUCAAUAUGGAUGGCAAGAUCCAUGCGAUGAGCCCCCACUGUACGCAUUAUGGUGCACCGUUGAAGAAUGGCGUUGUGUCACCGGAUGGACGGCUUACUUGUCCUUGGCAUGGAGCCUGCUAUAACAUCGGGACUGGAGAUGUCGAAGAUGCACCCGCUCUUAACGCCUUGCACAAAUUUGACGCUUUUGAGAAAGACGGCGCAGUUUACAUCCGUGCUACAGAGGCCGAUAUCAAAUCUGGUCAGAGAAACCCCGUGGGCAAGUGCAGUAUCUCUGACUCAGACGAUAAAGUUGUCAUUAUCGGAGGCGGAAGCGGAACAAUCGGCGUAGUCCAAGCACUUCGCGAACUUAAAUACCCCGGUCACAUAACUAUCAUUUCCACGGAAUCUGAAUACGUGAUUGAUCGCACGAAGCUCUCCAAGGCACUGAUUCCAGACGCAUCCAAGAUCCUCUGGCGUCCAGCUGAAUGGUACGCCGAGGCAGGGAUCGAAACGCUCGUUGACGAAGUCAAGGCCGUGGACUUCUCGUCAAGGCUCCUCUCCACCGCUUCAGGAAAGAGCAUCUCAUAUACGAAGCUUGUGCUAGCAACAGGAGGAACGCCUCGCUCGCUCCCACUACCAGGCUUCAAGGAUAAUGAACUCCAGAACAUCUUCACACUCCGCCAUGUCGCCGAUGUCCAGGAUAUCCUCGCAGCAACAGGCGACGAGAAGAAACAGAUUGUAGUAAUCGGCUCCUCAUUCAUCGGCAUGGAGGUCGGCAACGCACUAGCCGGUAAAGAACAUAAAGUCACAAUCGUGGGAAUGGAAAGCGCCCCAAUGGAACGCGUGAUGGGCACCCAAGUCGGCCAGAUCUUCCAACGCAACCUGGAGAAGAACGGCGUCUCGUUCAAGCUCUCUGCAGGCGUGGAAAAAGCUACACCGUCGCAGUCAACGCCCAAUGCCGUUGGCGCAGUUCAUCUAAAAGAUGGCACCGUUCUCCCAGCCGAUCUGGUCGUUCUAGGCGUCGGCGUCCGUCCCGCAACGGACUACCUCCAAAAUAACGUCUCCCUCACACUUCAGAAGGACGGAUCUCUAGCAACGGAUUCCAAUUUCCUUGUCGAAGGCCAUAAAUCCGUCUUUGCGAUCGGUGAUAUAGCUACAUACCCCUACCACGGUCCAGGAGGGAAUGGAAAACCCAUCCGAAUCGAACACUGGAAUGUAGCGCAAAACGCCGGACGGGCCGUUGCCCGUGCGAUUGUCCAUUCGAGACAUUCGCCUCUUUCUUCUCUCCCGCCUAAGCCGUUUAUCCCAAUUUUCUGGUCUGCGCUUGGUGCUCAGUUGCGGUACUGUGGAAAUACGGUGGGAGGAUAUGAUGAUGUGGUCAUGAAAGGCGAGCCGGAGAACGGGAAGUUUGCGGCUUAUUAUACCAGUGGGGAUGUGGUUGUUGCUGUUGCUACCAUGGGGAUGGAUCCUAUUAUGUCUAAGUCGGCGGAUUUGAUGAAGAGGGGAAAGAUGCCUGGGAAAAAGGAGAUCGUUAGUGGGGUGGAUGUGUUGCAGGUCAAGUAG